GGUCUGCGGGAAAUGAUUGGCGCGGAUUCAGGACAGUUUGCAUGGGUCUUGUUCUUGACAGCGAGUAAAUUUCAUCACUUCUUUGCUUUGCGUUGUCAGUUAUUUACUGUUUGUGUCCGAUUAGCCGAUGGAACAACAAAUUCUGAGCUCGUUACCUGCGGAGAUUGUUCCGUUGGGAGGCGGAACGGCAGAAAUCGGGUCGAACUCGAAAGAAAGUGAACCGGUUAGCAAUGGCGUCCAGUACACACAGCCACUUUCUCUUCAACCGUACACAGAGGUUGCUUUAGCUCCACCCAUGGACCCAACCCAACCAUUACAAUUACAGACACAGACACACCAGCUUCAGCCAUCAGAACUUCUCACGCAGAAUGGUGACACAGGACCAAAGAGGCUACAUGUCACCAACAUUCCUUUUAGAUUCAGAGAUCAUGACUUAGUUCAAAUGUUUGGGCAAUUUGGUUCUCUAGCAGAUUGUGAAAUCAUCUACAAUGAAAGGGGAUCAAAGGGUUUUGGAUUUGUGACAUUUGUGAACUCUGCUGAUGCUAUGAAAGCAAGAGAAAAACUGAAUGGAACUAUUGUGGAUGGAAGAAAAAUAGAGGUAAACAAUGCAACCCCCCGACCGCACGCCAAAAAAAGUCCGGGCCAAAAUCGAGGACCCUUAACCAAUGGUACAGCGUUUCGUGGCAUGAGAGGAGUUCGUCGUCCUUCGCCGGUUAACAAGUUUAGCACUCGGUCUAUACAGCCCCAGGUCACUGCGUAUAAUGGCGCCUACACUGGAAGUUAUGAUGGAUAUGAACAGACGUAUGCUGCUAGGAGAAUAGGGAGUUUUGGAUAUGAGCCAGCGCCCUAUGGAGGUGGAUAUGGUCCGCCAAGCACGUACGCAGCCCCCACCCCUGCAUACCGUACAGCAGCUCCUCCCCAGGCCCCACCCUCAAGUUACAGCACAGGCUACAGAUACGCUCCAUAUAACGAAAGAUCUUUCAUGGCGGACUCGAAAAAGAUCGACGAUUUAGCCUUCCGAUUCUCUAAGCUGAGAGAAAAAUGUAUUAGAUCCGGAGAAUCUAUUGAAAACAUUCGAUGGGAGUUCUUGCGAAAUGUUUAUCGAGUUCCAACAACUCAAGCAAAAGCGAGCGAAAGCAGUUUCUUCACAUGGAACAAGAUAAUUUGGUUUCUGAUCCUGCCUGCAAUCACUUUGUUCUUAGGUCAGUCGGUUUUGGAAUACGACGCGGACGCUAAAUGUCUCAUUGAACCCGAUGACGUGUUUUUGAACGAGUUGGCCCGCAAACCAACCAAUUGUUCGCUGCUUUGUGAGGGUGUGAAUGAAAUACAACGGGUCUCUAAUCUUUCUAAGAAGGAGUUCAUCUCUACGUACGCAUAUACAGGGAGACCUGUGGUUAUUACCGAUGCUGCGCAAAACUGGUCAGCUGUAAAUGCGUUCAGUUUCAAGUUUUUUAAGCGCCUGUACGCUAAGAGCGAUGAGGCAGAUUUGGAGAACACCGAUGAGGGAUGCCUGUUUUUCCCCUACAAAUCUGGUUUUCAGUCUCUAGCACAAGCUUUGAGAAUGCCAAAGAAAAGAGCAGAGUGGAAAGGGAAACCAUGGUAUAUUGGCUGGAGUAACUGUGAUCCCACUGCCCGUCAGGUACUGCGCAAAUACUACAACAAACCUUAUUUUAUACCACAUGACGCAGAGACAGGCGAUCAAGACUGGAUAUUUAUGGGAGGGCCUGGACCUGGCGCACCCAUACACAUUGACAUGGUGCAGCGUCCUUCAUGGCAGGCCCAGCUGUCAGGACAAAAGAUGUGGACUCUUAUUCCUCCUCCAGAGUGUGAACACAUCUGCAGGACAGUACAAGUAACAAUGCAGAAAGGAGAAAUCAUUGUACUAGACACCAACCAGUGGUUCCACUCCACGAAAAUUAUUCCCACGGGAGAAUUGAGUAUCACAAUUGGAGCAGAAUACGACUGAUAUUUUAUAAUGGAGCUGUUUUGUGUAAAGCAACAUUAAGGAAAAAUAUCCGAGAUAAAUGACAUAAGAUCUAAAUAAUUGCAACUCAACGUAAGGGAGAAAAUCAAUCACGGUAACUUAAUUGAGGGUCCAGAUUAGGUGAUGGUUCUUAUGGCAAACGAUUAAAAUUAUGGCCAGUUUACGGCUAACGGUUAUAAUAUCUUUUCACUGUUAUCACCACAAAAGCUUUUUUAACUGAUUUUUUUACGACUAACGAUAGCCGUUAUAAUUUGUCCAUUAUUACGCCUAACGGCUAAAUCGUUUUGGCCGCCAAACGGUUAACUCCAUUGAAGCGCUCUUGGCUAUGUAAUUUCAAAUUCUAUCCACUUGACAAAGCAUGUAUGUAAACUGUUAAUCAUAGCCAAUUAGAAUUGCUUACUAUUUGACAAAUUGAUUAUAAAGUUAUUCGUUUA